AUGGGGAAAGAAGAUAUAGAUGAAAAUAUUUCAGUAGGCAUUCCCAACAAGCAACGUAGUUGUGCUGCUGUAAAUACUCCUACUGCAUGUGUUAAUAAAGCCAUUAAUCACAUACAAGAUUUAGAAGUGAAACUGGAAGAAUCCUUUCUGCAGCACGAACUUUUAUAUAACUUGGAAAAAAUUCCAUGGGAUUUGGAUGUUAAAACUGUCAAAGAAACAGAAGACAUCUGUUUACCAUUCUCCACUGAAGUGAAGGCUGAACAGUCAUUGUAUUGGAAAGAUAUUCAGCCUUUGAAGCAGAAAACAGCUGCUGUUGUAGCAGAAGUCACUGAGAUAAUUACACGAUUAGAAAAUGAACGUAAAGAUGCUGAAGAAGCCUUAGAGUUUGAGAAGCAACGUAGAAAAAAACUAUACCUAAAUUCAGAUAAACUGUCAUUUUGGAGACUACAACAGCUUCCCAAAGCUGUUCAAAAAGAAUGGGAGAAAUGUUUGCAAGAUAUUACAGAAUUACAGUGUCAUUUUGAAGAAAAAAAUGAGCAGUUACAGGAUGCCCUAAACCAAUUGACAAGAAUAGAGGCAGCAAAUUCAGUGAUCCAGAAGCAAAUAAACUUUAUGAAGAACUACAGCCCUCUGCUGGAAGAAAAGCUGUGUCAUGAAGAUAAUUCUAUGAAAGAAGUAAAAACAUUAUUUGUGGAGGCAAAAACUCAAUAUGAUACAGUUCAUCAGAAAUAUUUGGAAGUGCAAACAUUGCAUGAAGAAAUCAAAGAAGAAUGUGAAGAAAAAAGACUAUAUAUGUCAAAGCAAAUAGAAGCCGAUGAGAUUACGAUAAACCGUCUUAUGGAUGAGUUAAAAGAAACUGCUAUUUUUUAUAUUGACUUCAAUAACAAGAUAAAUGGAUUGAGGGAGGAAAUACUGGAAAAUGAAAAUCGCCUUAAAGAACUAAUCAAGCAAGAAGAAGAUACAAAAGCUGACUUAAUUUCUUGGCAUGAUAAAAAAAAGCGUUUGAACUUGAAAAUUUCCGGACAAGAAAAUGAAAACAAACAACUGCUGGAUGAUUUUUUUGAACAGAUGAAGACUAUGCAAAGCUCAAAAUCCAGUAAAGAGUCUGAUCUACAAAAACUGAAGGAUAAGCUUGUGAGUGAUCUUCAACAAAUAACUUAUUUGGAAAAUGAAAACACAGAUCUUAAAAAUGAAAAUGCAGGAUUUAUGCAAAAAUUCAGAGAGAGUGCGAGAAGGAAAGUGGGAUAUCAAUCAGAAAUUCAGGUUUUGCAGAAAAAUAUUCAUAGGCUGGAAGAACAUUUAAAAAAAGUCAGUAAAGACCUUUAUGCUGCUGAAUUGGCUUAUGAUGAAGCCAGAACAAAACUGGAGGAAUUGGAUCAAGGCAUUGCUAAAGAAAAAUCAUGUUUCAAGAAUUUGGAAGAGAAUAUUAAAAAACAAAUCAGAGAUGAAGUAAGUGCUUGGAAGCUGACUCAGAAAAGAGUUAAAGUAUUACAAGCAGAUUUAGAUAAAAAGAAAAAGGAGCAUGAGAAAUUACAGGAAAAAGUUAAGAAUAAAUUAAGAAAAUUUGAGCUGCUGUCAGCUGAACAAUUAGAAAUACUGGCAAAAAAUAAAGAUCUGCACAAAGAACUUACUGAGAAAAUAGCUGAAUUGAAUCAGAAGAUUCAAGAACUUGAUGAAAAUAAGAAAAAUGUGAAAAACAAAUUAGAAAAUAAGAAGAAAUGUUUUCAGAACCUAUUAGCUGAUAAACAGGAUGAAUAUUUAGAUAUUUCAAGCCAAUUUACUAAAGUCAAUGAGGAAAUUGCACAUUUACAAAAAGAAAUUGUAAAACUAAAUGCUUUAAGUAAAGGACAGCAAGACCAGAUAAAUACCAUGGAGAAAUCUGUAGUCAUGUUGAGGGAAAAAUAUACUAAAAUAAAGUCCAAGGAGGAAAAUACUCAGAGAUUAGUUGAUUUUCUCCAUGCCCGGCUGGAUGUUGUUAAAAAAAAAAUAAGGAGAGACAACAGAGUAUUUGAUGAGUUGCUGUGGAACAGACAAAAUGAUUUGAAAAUUAAGGAGAUUUCCCUGGAUGAUGUACUGGAUGAAAACCUACAUUUAGCACGCGAGUAUCAGAUGCUCCAAAUAUGCUAUCUAAAUGACAAAAAUCAGCUGAUGGACUUCUGUGACCAUAAAGGCAGAGCUGAAGCUGCAUUACAUGAUCAACAGCAGCUCUCUCAGCUGCAAAAGAAGCUGCACAGGGUAUUGGUGGAAUACUUCAAAUUGCGAGCCUUCUAUAGCCAAGCCGGGCUGGGGAAGUUGCAGGCAGCCUCUCAUGAGACUCUUCAGAAAAUAUUAGCUGUGCAGGGGGGAUUAUCAGAGACAGUCCAAAAUACAAGCACUUUCUUGAAGUCUUUGACAGAUGGUUCAUCUACUUAGAAGAUAAUGCAAACCACCACUGUAUCUUGGAUGCUGAAAUAUAAGACAAGAAAAGUCACACAGUUCAGAUAACAGUGUAAUUGGACAUUCACCUGUUUGCCAUUUCACACUUCCAUGGACGAAAAACUCACCACCUCCCAGCAUGCCUUGCCAUUCUUUUACUUACAGCAAAUCCAUAACAAUGAAACAGGUGACUUUCAUGCUGCUGUCAGGAACGAUCUAAUUUCAGCUCUGGGUGACUGAUUGCAAUUGGCUUUGCCUCAUCUGAUAAUUAAUCUAUGUCACCAUUAAUUGGAAGAGAGAAUAAUUACUGGUGGUGUUGACAGUGACUGUACGCUUCCCCAGAUUUCCCCAUUGUGUUGGACCGAAUAAAGGCUUUGUGAUUCAGUACUUAAAGUUUAUGUAAACUGUAACAAUACCUAUGCUCAUGUGACACUUUAAGGCUCUCUGUCUAAUGUACUUUUGUUUUUGUGUUUACCAGUCUUUUUUAGCUCACUGAAAGCUGUCUCCCUCAAUCACUCCUCAAUGUUCUAUCUUAAUUUUGUGGAAGUUUAAAGUUUUCAAUGAGCUGGAGAUGAAUGAUUAAUGAAUAAAUUUAAAUGCUUCAUUUUGUCCAUGGAUCAUUAGUCAAGUCCUUUGUGGUAAGGACCUGAGAAAGGAGUGGAAAUUAUUGAGACAUUAGCCUGAAGCAAGUUUGAGGUAAAUAUUAUGCAAAAAAAAAAGGAAGAAGGAAAAAGAAGAAGAAGAAGAAGAAGCUUGGUAAGUGAACAACUUUUGGCCUGGCAAAAAAUCUAGAAUCUCAAGGAAUCGUUUUAUCUAAGUUUACUUUUAUAAUAUUAAUCAACUGAACAAUAUUACCUGUAGAAGAAAAACAUAUUUUAUGACAAUAGUAAAUUAGUCUAAGUCGUAAUUUACUUGUUCCUGAGCAAUAUAUGGUCAAUAACUUUAAAAAUGAAUAGCAAAACAACCAAAUAAAUGUACAGUAUUGUGAAUAUACUAAGUGGAAGAAGUUGAAAGAUUAUGAACAUUUCCCAAAUAUAAAUCUUGG